AUGCUAGCUCGAUCUCGUGCUAGAUUCGGCGAGUACACCGGCGGCGCAAACUCCGUCACCCGUCAUGUCAACGGCAGCACCGUCAGCCCCGGCAACCUUACCGUCAGGCCCGAGCUGGCUCCCUUGCCGACUCGGUCACCCGCUCUCGCCCUCGCCCUCUUGCUCACCCGCACACCUGUCUCGCUCGCACGCCGUUCCGCUUACCCGCCGUCUCACCUGCCCAUCAUCUCGCUCGCCCUGUCAUCGCUCUCGCCCGUCGACGUCACCCUAACACCAUCGCACGCACCCGCCGUCUCGCAGGCCGGCCUCAUAGGCCUGUCAUCUCGCAGGCCUGUCAUCUCGCAGGCCUGUCAUCUCGCAGGCCUGUCAUCUCGCAGGCCUGUCAUCUCGCAGGCCCGUCAUCUCAAUGUCCCGCCCGCCGUCUCUCUCGCCCAUCGUCUCGCUGACUUUGCAUCUUAUACUCCUGUGUCCGCCGCCAUCUCGCCCGCAUGUUGUCUCGCCCGCGUGCCGUCUCGCCCGCGUGCCGUCUCGCCCGCGUGCCGUCUCGCCCGCGCCCUUCUGCAUCCCGUACAAUACACUGACUCUACCGACGUGCCAGAGACGCCCGCACGCCGCACCAGUAACUCGACAUUCUCCCCAUAG